UUUUGUCUCAGAAAGCUUUUUCUCUUCUUUGUGCUUAAGCAAGCAAGAAAUAAGUGUGGGAAUUAGAAAUAACUAUGCGUGUUGUUCUCCUCCAAGAAUAAUCUCUCCCCUUUCUUAUUCCUAUUAAUUAUUCUUUUUUUAAAUUGAGAAACAUAAUUUAUUACUUAGUAAAGUCGCAUUAAUUGUUAAUUAAUUUUACCGAUGGAAUUUGAUCUUUAUCAAUAAAAACUACCUAACUCGCUUACUCACGCAAACGUGAACUCUUCCCCCAAUUUCUCUGAGCUGCUAUGGCGGAUACUACUUUGUCGCUGAUAGUGCCCAACGCCAAGAAGAAAACCACGCAAUUUUCUUCUUCUUCUUCAGUUUCUUCUAUAUUUUCUAGGAAGAGUUUUUCGUUGUACGAUAAGCUUCCUUCACUACCUUUAAGGCUCUCUGUUCUCAAAUUAGACGGUUCUUCCUUCGAUAUUCAAGUUCCGAAGGCAGCAACUAUUGCGGAACUUAAGGAUGCAGUGGAAGCUGUAUUUAGUCACAUGCCUCAAAAGGGUCCAGGCAAAAUUUCAUGGCCACAUGUCUGGGGGCAGUUUUGCUUAUGCUAUGAUGGAAAAAAGCUAAUUAUAGAGGAGGAUUAUCUUAGAAAUUAUGGCGUCAAGGAUGGUGACCAGCUUCAUUUCAUCCGCCAUAUGUCAAACAACUGCGGUGUUCAAAGAAAGCGGUCAAAGAAAAGAGUUUUCCAUUUGAAACAACACAGGAGGUCGUCACAAUCAAAUGACAUUGAACAGAGAGAAAAUUGCGAUGAUGAUGAUGAUGGCAUUGGUUCUGAUGAGGAGGCAUCACAGAAUGAAGAGAUCAAGCAUCACAUUGAAGAAAAGCAUGUUGGAAAGAACAAGUUAACAGGCUUUGUUGGAGAGUUGUUCGCAUACACACCACUGGCACUUGUGAGAAAAACUAGAGCUCAAAACAAGAUUAAUCCAUCGACAAUUUCCAGGUGUUUGCUUGGCAGUUUCAGAAAGAUUAGAAGGAUUGUGUAUUCUGGCAGGAGGCAACAAUAUUCUGUAUGGAAACGGCACUGAUAACAAUAUUUGUUUUACGACUCAUCAAAACAGAUGAAAGCUAGGACUCCUUGUAAAUUUUUUGAGUCAUGAACGCAAUCAGUAUGUAUGUGAACUUGUGCUGGUGUAUUGAUAUUGGAUUGGGAUUGUAGAUAUUUCAUAUUCUCAAUCCAGUGAUUCUAUUCAAUACACAGCAGGUUUGGAGUUGGAUUUUUCAAUGAAUUUUGGUUCUUUUAAAUAUCUUCAUCAGACAAAUGUUGUUGUUUAUUCUCAUAUACAGUAAAAAUACAUUUACCUCUCC